AUGGCACUAAAAGAACUCGAAGGACGAGCAGCACGAGAUAUCAUUAUAGUUCCGGCCGAUAAAGGAGGAGGUAUUUGCAUUCUAUCCCGGACUGACUAUGUCGCUGAAGGGAUGCGUCAAUUAAAUGACAAAUCGGUGUACCGACUUCUGCCGAAAGAUAAGUCAAGACAAAUUGGAAAUGAUGUUAUUAAUCUUUGCUCAAAAAUGAAGGAAGCUGGAGUAAUAGACGAUAAAUUAGCUAAAUCAAUCCUUCCAAAAGACCCCAAACCAGGUCGCCUACGCCUCCAACCCAAGAUACACAAAGAAAAUCACCCUAGUCGUCCCAUAAUAUCAACGAAUGGCACAGCAACAGAAAAACUUUCGGCCUAUGUAGAUUAUAAACUGACUCCGCUCAUGUGUAAAAGAGUUAUACCCUCAUAUAUUCGAGACAGCAUGGAUUUCUUAAAUCAUUUACAAAAAAUCAAAACAAUAGGACAGGAAUCUUUACUAGUGAGUAUGGACGUAGUCUCCCUCUACACAAACAUCCCCCACAACGAUGGCUUAGAAGCAAUGGAAAAAUACCUCAACAGAUUCAGCGAAGACAAACAAGAAAUCCCCUGGAUAGCAAAAGCAGCCAACUUAGUCCUGACAAACAACAACUUCGUUUUUGACGAACAACAUUACCUUCAAAUUCAGGGAACUGCGAUGGGAACAAAAUUGGCACCCAAGUAUGCAAACAUUUUUAUGGCAAGCAAACCUGGAAUCCAAUUUAUUAGACAAAACCCCUUUAAAACCACAGUACUAUUGCCGCUUUAUUGA